CUCGAAUUCAGUAAUACUAGACGGUAAACACAAUUAUACAAGUGUCUUAAAUCCAAAUGUCCAUCAUGAUACUUUAUUUUUAACAUCUGUAUGAAAAAUCGUCAGAUGUAUUCUUCUUUUGUGUUUAGCAUCGAAAUGUUACUGUAAAUGAAUACAUGUAUUUUAAUGUAAUAAAGACACAUAAAUGUAUCCGUUUCCACAAAAGAAGGCUUAAAAAAAAAGAACUACAUAUAGCUAUAAACAUUGAUUCGGUUGCUUCUCAUACCAAUAUCUCGAGAAAAGUUUGGAGCAUAUCAAAUGGUUGGGACCAGAUAGAAAUGAAAUUCCAGAUGAGUGUUAUCUGAACAAUGGUGAUGGACAACAGAUCCAAAUUUGUACGAGAAAAUGGACAUCAGAAACUGAAAACCGACAUAAUCACAAAACACAGAGUUUUGACUCCGAUUUCAAAAUCAACAUAGCGAAUAAAAUACAACAUAUGGAAGGAAACAUGCUUGAUCCAGUCUAUGAAGCGAAAGGUGAAUUAAAUAGACAGAUUGUCCAUGAGAAAAUUAGAAAAAGUAGUUAAAAAAUCAAAGAAAUCUCCGAGAGGAGAUGAUUUAUCAUACGAUGUCCCUAAAUCCGAGAACGUUAUCAAAGUAAUGCAUAAGAUGGUCUUACUACGUACUUUGGCACUCGUGCACAUUAUUCCACUGAUUUGGGGAAAGGCUCAGUGGUAUAGCGUUCGCUUCGUAACCGGGAGGUCGUGAGUUCGUAACCGGGAGGUCGUGAGUUUGUAACCGGGAGGUCGUGAGUUUGUAACCGGGAGGUCAUGAGUUUGUAACCGGGAGGACGUGAGUUCGUAACCGGGAGGUCGUGAGUUUGAGCUCCACUAGUGCCAUGGCUGCGUCAAACCUAAGACGUAAUAUGGCAACUUCUACACCAAGCGUUCGGUAUUUAGAAGUGAGAAUCACGGGUCUUAAAAACUUAGGCCCCGUGUCGCGGCAGCAGUUGGCACGUUACAGAACCCUCACUGUUACAGCCCUUAGAGUGAAGCAUACAAAUGUAGGGCUAAUUUGUGGUACUUUACCUACAGCUGGUGAUCAAUAUAAUUUGGGUGCCAAAUCUGGAGCUCUACUAACAUUUUAUUAUGAAAUCAGCAUUUCGUUGUUAUGUGCUCUGUCCUUAUAAUUCAAAUGCAAAAUACACUGUACAAGUCUUAAUAUAGUAGAGUUUGAAUGUUUUCAACUUUAUCAUAUAUAUAUAUAUAUAUAUAUAUAUAUAUAUAUAUAUAUAUAUAAGCACAGAAAAUUUCACUUUAUUUUGAUACCCACUCCCGCCCCUACCCGGGGUUGAACUCACGUCCUGUGGAACCAAAUCUCCUAGCAGCGUGUAACCAACGCGCUAGACCGCUCGACCAUAGGCAAGUCAAAAAACUUGCUUUCGAUGACGAUGGAAUUCUCGGUAUGAAACACGUCAGACCCAAUGAUAGGUUGUAUUGGGAAACUAUAGUUAUAACGAGCAUAGAAUUUGCGAAAUGCUGACUUUAAACGAGACUGUUGAAACUUCUGUGACAUCAACUUGUUUGUCAGUAGACUGCCUCGAUUUUUAAAAAGAAAACUGAUCAUACGCAGAACAAGCUGUUGCGUAUCGAAUCAGUUGAAAUGAACAUACUACAUGCAGGUGAUAAUGGAAUAUUUCUACAUAAAUAUGGGAAGUUGACGAUAGAGAAGAUGAAAUCAUCCCAUUUGUCAUAAGUUGAGUUCUUAGUUUGCCGUUAAUAUCCAUCCUCAAUAAGAUAUGUAAGUACGAAGCAGAUGUGGAGGACUCCGUGGUGUCUUUUAUUACGAGUUCACAGGGAUACAAAUGCAUAUCAAAUCGACAUAUGCAUGCAAAUGAUUAUUGUUAAUAGAUCAAACGUCGUCGAUAUAUCUAAAUGUCGAGUUGAAGAGAUUUUUUCUUCUCAUGUGGAAACUUUUGAAUAAAUUCUGAUUCAUCACAAUGUAAAAACAGGUCAGCUAACAAAGGAGCACAAUUUGUCCCCAUGGGGAUUCCAACAGACUGUUCCAAAGACUACGAAGAUACUGUCAAUGAGGCACUCCAGCAUAUUUUUUAUUUCAACUUCAGAGUACUUGUGCGUGGAAUAAGAGUGAUGUUUAACAAAGUAAAUUUGGAAUGACUGAUCACUACAUACGAAGAUUUCUUUUUCCAUUUUAUAUUUGAAAACAAUUAUUUUUCGAGACCAAGGAGGUUAACGCUGAUGCUUUUAUAUUUCAAAUAACAUUUCGAGACCAAGGGGGUUAUCCUGCAACAUACACGAAAACGCUCCUGGGCUUCUGAACACAACUGCGCAGGAUGCUAAAACUAAGUAUUUACUGGUUCAACACUGAUCUCCUUGGUGCAAACGUAUUGCGAAUCUAUUACUGACGGCUAUACAGUUGAAAAAAAUGUGUCAGUUCAAAUAUGGCAAGGAUUUAUUCUGUGGCGGAAGUAUUGAUUAAUCAAAAAGUUCUAAAUCUGCAUAUUACAAUUUCUGUUUCAUCCAGUGUAUCUUCUAUUUCUAUACCUCUCUACAUGCACAUCAGUUUUAUGAUAUACGAUACAAAGUUCAAAUGUUGUGAUUUAAUAAUCAAGUGCAAAAGGGUCAUUAUUUAUUUCCAUUACUAGUACAUGUUUUUAACUUUUUUAUAUUGUUAGAAGACAUGAUUAUGCAUCUAUUUUAUGUAAUGAUUGAUUUGUGUUGCUUAUGCUGUGUCGACACCAACAGACAAUUAAAUCAAGUUUAGACCAAUAAAUUUAGAGUAAAUUUUCCAUGCAAAAAGAUCAUGUUUAAAACACUCUACAUGUAGCUCAAUAACGAGCAUUAUGACGCCCAGUUUUCCUUUUUAGUUUCCUAAUUCUCCUUUAGUGUAAAAAUAAGAAAUACACUUUCCAAAAAAUUGAUAUUGCUACAAAUCUCAGAUGCGAACCUCAUAAAUUAUACAUGCAGUGAAGAAGAUGUCACCCUGUCAUUCACCACUAAAUGGGGAAUACUCAAAAUAUCUAAAUUGAUUCAAUAAUGGUUUAAAAUCCACAUAUUCUAGUACAUUCAGUAUUGUAGAGCUCAACAAAGUUUGACAAUUUUCAGCAUUUUCUUGGACUUUGAUGCAUAAUUUGCCAAAAUACAAAAUUCAAAGACAACCUCUAAGGUGUCAAUAUAGGUUUCUUUUCUGUUUCGAUUGCUAGUUGUCAUUAUUGAAAGCAUCUUAUUUAUGCCUGCAUUCAAAUUAUUUUUGAAAAUUUAACAUAUGCUUUCAGUUAACAUUCUAAAAAGAAACAGAUCUGAUGAAUGCUACAACAUUUCUAAUCUUCGUGUUGUAGUCCGAUUCGCGGUUUUGCGUUUUCUUGAAUUGUAUUUUGCUAUGACGUUCUUGCAGUUUCAUUACAUUUGUAUGGUAAAAUCAUUUCAGGAUAUGUUUCAAAAGUAUAUUCCAAGGUCUCUUAGUGUUGAUAUUAAUAUAUUUCAUAAUAUUUCAAAAAAUGUUCAACAAUAGUUAUUUGCCCUUUUCGUCAGAAACGUUGAAAGCGUGUCCAGAAAAAGCAUUGUGAAUAUUCAAUGAAAUUGGAAACUGAAUUGUGUUACGUUGAUAUUGUUUGAGAAUAAAUCUCAAGAUGGAGAGUUUUUGGCGGCAAAACGCAAUUAUUUUUCCAGCACUGCAGCAUUCUUUAAUUCGAUUUUGUUUAUUUUUAGAUAUCUCUAUACAGCUUUUAUUCUUCUGAUUGGCAAAUCCAAGUGACAUUUUCAACGCAUGCAACCAUUCUCCAUUAGUACUAGGACAAUUCUAUUGAAUUAUGUUUUAUGAAAGGGUGUAAUUUAACCCAGCGAGAUGUACAAUAUUUUUUUAUUUUCAUCGUGACAGCAUCCUUUUAUGUUUUGUGUAUGUAUUUUUUCAAAACUAACAACAAUUUAAGAAAUAAACUUAGUUAUAUAACCUGCAUGAAUAUUAAAAUUCUUGUUCGAUGCAUGCAAGGGAACCUCUUGUGAGACCAAUCUCCAUAAAGGAAAAAAGAGUUUCCAGCAUAUCAAAAUAUUUUGGAACUUUUCGGGUUCUGACGCACAUGUCCGCUCCGCUUCGUUUGACUGGUAAGGCUGUUUACUGUUCCCCCAAUUUUUAUUUAUAUCCAUCAAUCAUUUAUGUAAAUGAUUUCACAUUUGAACUUUUUAAUAUUUAUAUGUCUUACUUUAAGUGGACUAGAGUUAUGUAUUCACUGUAUAUUGAUCAUUCAGGAUUUCUUAUAAUCACUAUGCAUUCCUUUCAGGCCAAUGUAUAUAGUUGACGUAGACCAAAAUGAAAAUACCAUGUCAUUCUAUACUGAUUUAGCUAUUUCUAGAAUUACUACAUUGCAGGUAAUGAUACGUGGUAUAUAGAUUGCAUUCGAUUGUAUUAGAAAUAAAUUGCAUGUAAAUUAAUAUAAAAAAAAAAUCACCCUUGCAAAUUGUGUUGGCAUAUUUCCUCGGAUUUACGUUUGAUAUGAGACCUCAAACAAAUUGUUCGUACACGCGACAAUUUAAGUGAAGAACAGUAGUAUUCUCUCUCUCUCUCUCUCUCUUGAAAAUUUGGUAAAUCAAAAUAUCCCAACUUACUUUUAAAAAAUCUUCCAAUCCCAUCAAUGGUUAAAAAUAUAAUGGAAUUAUAUGGUAUAGAUGCUGAUUGAAAUUAUUAUUAGAUUGGCCUAUUUUCUUCUCAAACGCAGAAUUACGUUUACUUGAAAUAUCAAACAUUUUGUUUGUACACGUAAUAAUUAAUUGAGGAACUGGUAUGUAUCCCCCUCUCUCUUUCUCUCUCUCUUUCACGACUGAAAUUCUACAAGGUUUCCUGUUACAUGUGUAUUACGUUUUAGGUAAACCUGUAUGAAAUUUGGUUAACCAAAAUAUCCCACCCUUCUCUUAGAAAAUCAUCCAUACACAUCAAUGGUAAAAAUAUUGACUUUCGUUAUAAGAAAUAUAUUUAAAUCGGCCAGCAUCACAGACAGAUAUCACCAAUUAAUACAUGUUUUGUUAUGAAUCGGACAGUCCCAUUCUACCCAUUUAAAAAUGAUUUAACCAAACAAAAAUAAUAAUAAUAAUUCAGGGCAUGUCGUGCAUGUAGAUAAUCAUUUGAGGAAUUUAUUUCAAAGCUUCUGACUUAAAAUGAGUAAAAAAAAAAUCCUUUCUAGUGAUUUAAAUCACGUGAUAUGUCAUUCAACAAAUGGAUACGAUCCAAAGACCUGGAAUUAUGUCACGUGGUAUAGUUGAUUAAAGGCACCUCCCACGUGCUAUGUAUAAUAGCAAUCGGGCUUUUUAUUAUCAGUGUAUUCGGAAUACUACGGUGGACUCCUGCAAUUUCUGGAGGGAAUUUUUUUUCUGUUGAAAAUUCAUGGUAAGUUAAAAAAUUUCCCAAUUCGUUCAAUAAUGCGUAUUUAUAAAUUUGCUUUUUGAUGAAGGACACCUUAAUUUGAUUAUUUGAGAAAUGAGGUCAUAUUUCAAGGCUUUAUAACAUCAAGAAAUAGGAAACUUUGCAGGUGCUUAUUGCUAAAGCAUUAAUUAAUGUCAUUACAGCACAAGCAAAGAGUGGACACGAUGAUGUCCCCUACCUGGAAUCAUGACACCGUUAUUGCAGCGAAUUUUUACCAGCCCUUUUGAUGGACAUAUUUCCUACUCGUUUAUAUAUAUUUUAGUUAUCUUUGAAAGAUAAAAGGAAUAAAGAAUCAUAUGAUGCAAAUAACUAAGUGGGACAUCACAUCUACGAUACAAUCUUUCAGUUAAAACAAGUUCGUUUCUGACCUGCAGUUUGUUUCAUUAAUAUCAAUUAUCAGUCCACUUUCUGAAGACGAAAAAUCCAGUAGUUGACGUCAACGAUGUUAUCCAGUCAAUAUAUAGAGUUAAAUAAAUAUAUUCUGUAGCCUUCAGACCUUACAAGUCAAUAAAUCAAGCAGUAUCUCUACCUGAAGCAUCGUUACCCUUCCUAUAUUGAAAUAUAUCAUCUAUUGUCCUUUACAGCUUAUCAAACUAGUGAAAACAGCACUUGAAAUGAAAGACAUUUAUAUAACGGCAAAUGACAACAAUGACGCAGAGAAAGAGAAUGAAAGUCAAGAUUCCUCCACUUCCUCACAGACAAUGCAACUGAGAAGGAGUAUGUUUGGAGUAAAAUCCCUUUUGUAUAAAAGUUCGAAAAGAAAUAGCUUGGAGGACUUUGAUGACAUCCGGAGCAUAUUGUCUCACAGCAAAGUGGAAGACAACUGGGAAUCGCACGUUGAUGAAAACGGAGAAGUUUUUUAUGUUGACGUCACAAACGAAACGCAUCGCUCACAACGGAGAACACGUCAUAAACCUGCUAAUACACGUACGAGAUAUCGCCGUAGACGACUGCGGGAUAACCACUGUCCAUGCCAUUGUCAACAACAGAAUGAUAGAAAAUCAGAGAUUCCGGAAAACCAAAAUUGCAACAUGAAUGGUGUGAACGUUCUUCAAAGUUUCGAUAGUCAUUUCGUGAAUACAAACUACCUGGAAAGUUUGAUAGACUUUCAAUCACAGCUUCUUGCAAAUGACGAGGAAGAUAAAAAUGGAAAUAUAUUGGAUGAAAAAGAUAACGUCAUAGAAAAUUCCAAAGAUUUUAAAGAAAUUCACUUAUUACCUGACGAGCAUGCUGUAUGCCCAGGACUAAGUGGUGAUUUUGUGUCUAAGACCCUGCAUUUUCAUGCUUUCUUUGGGGCUAUUUUGUGUCGUUAUAGUCAAUGUGCUCAGCCAAAAACUGGAGUUUCGCAAGGCAUGCUGGAGGAAACUAAAUUAGUCGUUCAAUAUGUGGAACCGGGUAGUCCUGCUGGAAUGGCGGGUGUCAUGAAAGGAGAUGUCCUUCUCCGCCUGGAUGACACUGAAGCUUCACUUCUCCUGGAGAAAAACUCUCUCUGUAGUUUACCAAAUCAGACUAUCAAGUGGACUUUGAAAACUACAGAGGAAACGAGUUCAGAGUCUACCAUAUCUAUUCCUAUAACGUGUGAAGAACAAACCUCAGAGCGGAUACAGGCCAGAAAACAAGCCCGAAAGAGUUUGAUUCAAAUCCUUUCACGUGGAGUAAAUCCGAAAAUUUCUUCUUUUUUCAAAAAGUUAACUCAACACUUAGUUUCUGAUUCUGAGGAGUUGAAAGUCAGAUAACGACCACACAUCAUCGAUGGACAUCCGCCUCAUCAACUUCAACUAUUUGUGUUCAUUCUUCAUGCACUCAACUACGGUGCUUCUAAGUUACAUGUAUAUUUAAAGAAAUAUAAAUAUCAAACUGUUAUAAAUAUUGUAUGCAAUAAAAUUUAUUAUGAAAACUU